GAAGUGUCAAAAGGGCGCGCGCUGGAACAUUCAAAGUCCCUUUCCCCACCGGCUUCCGGAUAAAAGCGAUCCGCCCAUAUCAGCGCAUAUGCUUCUGUCCGGAAAUAUAUCACCGUGCUUCAACCAUUGCAGCGUAACUGGUCUGAUGAAGUGGGAUUCCUCAGUUAUUACCACUUGCUUUCCCAUUGGCAAAAAGACGAAACAACAUUGAAUGACAAGAUGCUCAACACUCAGCCGGCUGAGUCGCCACAGAACAACGAAUCAUGGAAUGGAUGUUCGUCAAGUCGAAUCUGGGCCAGCGAGGUGGACAAUCAUUCGGCAUUCCCGACGGCACUUGAGGAUGUCUCGGGCCUCUCGGUCCCCGAAAAGCCAUCCCGGUCGUGGCUUGCGCGGGUCUUGCUUGGCAUCGGGGAGUUGGCGAUGGACCAGUGGUUUCUGAUUGUCAUGGGCUUCCUGAUUGCGUUUGCCUCGCAGAUACAGGUGCCGCAAGCCCACCAGGAACUGAAACAAACUGUGACCAAUUACCUGGCGGUUGCCGUCAUCUUCUUCAUUAAUGGCUGCACCCUGCCCACGAAGGUCCUGGUGGAGAACCUCAGCCGGUGGAAGAUGCAUAUCUUCGUCCAGGUGCAAUGCUACCUUUUGACCUCAUCGACCAGCUACGGGGUCGUUAGUGCGACGGCAACCAAUCACCAAUUUAUGGACCCUGCGCUGCUGGUCGGGAUUGUCAUGAUGGGCUGUCUUCCUACCGCAAUUGCGUUCAAUGCGAUUAUGACCAACAAGGCCAAUGGAAAUGCAGCCUUGACCGUAGCGCAGUCCACUAUCGGAAACAUCCUUGGUCCCUUUGUGACCACCGCCUUGAUCAAGCUGUACAUCAGCACGAAUGUGUGGUACACGGACAUUCUGCCGGAGACGUCUUCAGGAUUUGGUGAGACUUAUCGAUAUGUCUUCAAGCAACUUGGACUCUCGGUGUUUGUUCCGCUGGCAGUGGGUCAGAUCGUCGUGAAACUGUUCCCUAACCAGGUGAGAAAAGUCCUUCUGCAAUGGAAAAUGAGCAAGCUGGGCUCCUGUGCCUUGCUGGUGCUUAUCUGGAGCACCUACGACGGUGCAUUUGCUUCGAAUGCGUUCGCUGAAAUCCCGUCGAACAACAUGAUUUUUACCGUGUUCAUUCUCGUCGCCCUAUUUUGCGUCUGGAUUACUAUCGCCUUUGCAUUAUCCCGAGUGUGGCUUUCUCGCGAGGAUACAAUCGCAGUGUCGUACUUGGUUUCUACAAAAACCCCUGCCAUGGGUGUGCCACUGACUACCAUCAUGUUCGUGGGUCUGUCGUCCGCCGAGCAAUCACGGACUAGACUGCCAAUGGUCAUAUUCCAGGCUAUUCAGAUAGCUGGCAGUAGUCUGUUGACGAUACCGCUAAGGAAAUGGCAAGCGCAGGGAAAGGUUGAGGGGAGAGGGGACGGUACGGCAUGAUCGUCCGAAUGCUGACGCAGGGGGAUCUACAGAUGGAAUUCUGGGCAACUGUAUUGAUCACAUGUGAAGCCAAGAAUUCAAUGCAACAUAUAGAAGAGAAUCACCAGAAAACGCAGAUCACUGAUCUAACGGCCAAAAGUCCGUGACAAGGCUGCGUGCCAAGUCGGAAAGUUUAGAUUGGCCCCGUGUCUGCAGUGUACGCCGUCCAAUCGGAUCACC